CGCGCAAGCGACACGCGCUAGGCGAGAGUGCCACUCGCCUAGCGCGUUGCGUGCCAGUGACCCUGGAGCAGCAACAUCGACAUCUGCACGCAGCUCGCGGCGGCGAGGAGGAGGAGGAGGUGCUGGUGGGUGGUGGGUGGUGGUUGGUGGUGCUGGUGGGUGGUGGAGGUGGAGUCACACGGCACCCGGAGGACGCCGCCCUCUGCGCUCGCUCCCUCUGCGCGCGCCACAGCAGCGAAGAGGACAACGGGCAGAGAGUCAAGACCCGCGCCGUACUUUCGAGAGUGGUGCACCCGUGGCCCUGCAAUGUCUCUGGCGGUGACCUGCCUCUGCCUUCUACUCAUCUUUGCCGUUCUUCACUACCUGCUGGGGGUGCGGCGCAGGCGCAAGGGGGAGCCCCCUCUGGUGCAUUCGUGGAUCCCCUUCUUUGGAAGAGUGUUGGAGUAUUCCAAGUGCCCCCCCAAGUUCCUGCUGCGUCUUCAGAAGAAGCACGGGGACGUCUUCACGGUGCUCAUACAUGGCAACUACUUCACCUUCCUGAUGGACCCUCACAUGUUCCCGUCGAUCAUCCGGCACGGGAAGCAGCUCAACUUUCACGAGUUCUCCUCCAAGUUCUCCUGCAUCAACUUCGACCACCCCCACGUCGACGAUCCCCUGUUGGGCGUGUGCAACGACGAUGUGCUGCGACACUACACCUUCCUGCAGGGUGCCGAGCUCACGAACGUGACCAACAUCGUGAUGAUGAAGCUGCAGCAGGUGGUCUUCCACGAGCUGGACGAGGCCGUGGUGGGCAGGACGGCAGGCGACGCCCACGGCUGGCGCACGGACUCCCUCUUCAGCUUCUGCCAGCGCCUCAUAUUCGAGGUGACCUUCGUGAUGCUGUACGGCACGUCGGGGGACGCCGAGGACGACCACCGCCUCUGCAAGAGGCUGCAGGCGCACUUUGAGCCGUUCGACAAGGUGCUGCCGCUCAUCUCAGCCGGGGUGCCCCUGUGGCUGCUGGGCUCCACGAAACACCACCGCGACGAGCUGAAGCGAGAGCUCACGCACGAGAAGCUGGCGCGCCGCCACAACAUCUCCGUUAUCGUGCAGUCGAGGAUGAGCGUGUGGGACGCGAACAAGAACAUGCGGGACACCCACAAGGCAGGGCACCACCUGGCCUUCCUUUGGGGCUCCGUCGCCAACACGGUGCCCGCCAUCUUCUGGAGCCUCUACCACCUCCUGCGGUGUCCCCUUGCGCAGCGGGCCCUGCGUGACGAGGUGGACGCCAUCUUGGGGAAGAGCGGAGCGCCGCUUAAGCUGGGCUCCCCGCUGUGCCGCAGCCGUGAGGACCUCAACGCCAUGCUCAUGCUCGGCAGCGCGGUGAACGAGAGCCUCCGCCUGACGAGCGCGCCCAUGAACAUCCGCGUGGCCAUGGAGGACGUGGCCAUCACGAUGGACAGCGGCUUCACCCUGAAGCUCCGCAAGGGCGACAAGAUCUCCUUCUCGCUGCAGACGCUGCACACCGACCCGGACAUCUACGAGCAGCCUGAGGUCUACAAGUUCGACCGCUUUGUGCAAGAUGGCAAGGAGAAGACCACCUUCUACAAGAACGGGCGGCGCCUCCAGCAGUACCUCAUGCCGUUCGGCUCCGGCAACAGCAUUUGCCCCGGCCGCUUCUUAGCCCUGACCGAGGUCAAGGACUUCAUCUUCCACUUGCUCGCCCUGCUGGACUUGGAGCUGUUGCCCGGCCAGCCGGACGUCGGCAUGGACAUGAGCCGCGUGGGCAUGGGCCUGUUGAUCCCCAAGCGCGACGUCCUCUUCCGUUACAGACUGCGUUCGCACGUCGGUUCGGCCGCAGCCUGAGGCGCACGCGAAGGGGACCAUGGGAGGUCGUGCCAUCCGGCCGGGUUCUCCGUUCGCCUCCCCCCUCCACCUUGGCGCGGAGAGUGAUAGAGAAUCUCGAGUGGGCAGAUGGGGGCGCGUUCCCGGCCGGCAGUAAUGCUCUCUCCCUCUCUGUCUCUCGCUCGCUCGCUCUUUUGCCUUUUUAAUUCUUCCUCACGUAGGUGUGCGUCAGUCACGGCGCUCGCCCGGGUUGCUUUCAUCGUGCGCAGUCAGACGAGGGUUCAUUCUGACCGAUAUGAACGUAAGACCUUCAGUACUGAUAAUGAACUCUGUAACACCCUUUGACCUAGGUAAAAAAAGUGACUAGAAAUAGGUUAUGCUACCAUUCCAUUACUAGAGGGAAGCAUUUUAUAAAUGUCGAAUGCGAGCAAAUACUCGCCCAUCUUCCGGCGAGGGUGAAUAUACUUCUAAACUGCAAUAGUCAACAUAAGACAUUCAUGAGGCUUAAGAUGUAACCAGACAAAGGUGGUUGAGGGCACAAGUCUCACGUGGCUUCAGUUUGCUCAUUUUUAUGAAGGAAUAAAGAUGAAGCUCGCGUGUAGGAAGAAGGGCUGGUCCCAGCUUAUAUAUCAUAACAUUCACGGUCUGUCUAGGGCAGUGGUUCUUAGCCUGGCGUGCGUGCACCCCCUGCGGGUGAGAGAUGCCCUUUCUGGGGGUGCCAGAGAUGGCCAGAUUUGUUUUAGAAGGUAAGUCAUUGAAACACAAAUGAAGCUCGGUCGUGUAAGUACAACUACUUUUUUUUUAAAUCAACCAUAUGUACUUAUUAACAUUAUACAUUUUUUUUACGAUUGAGAACCAAAGGGUGCAAGGCUGGAGUAUAGGUUAAGAACCACUGGUCUGCUUACACUGAGAAUGGGGCAACACUCCCCUCCGUCAGUUACCUAGAGACGUUGGUGGUAAUUCCACGUUCCCAUGGUGGGUGCCAGUCGAUCCAUAGCAACGACUCUGUAAUGUACUUAUUAACAUUAUACAUUUUUUUUACGAUUGAGAACCAAAGGGUGCAAGGCUGGAGUAUAGGUUAAGAACCACUGGUCUGCUUACACUGAGAAUGGGGCAACACUCCCCUCCGUCAGUUACCUAGAGACGUUGGUGGUAAUUCCACGUUCCCAUGGUGGGUGCCAGUCGAUCCAUAGCAACGACUCUGUAAUGUGGAACGAAUUUCUAUGGAUGCCACAUACAUUAGGUUCAGUUGACCCCUGGAAGGGAAUCAACCCGCGAUCUACUUUCUUUGGAGACCAGCGUUCUAACCACGGUGCAACCUAUCGGUGUAAAACGUUGCACGUUCACGAUUCACCUCGUGAACUAAAGCAAGGGACAAGACCGGUGGUGGAACGGAGACUACGUGUCCAGGGAGGGGGGGGACUGCCACCAACAUGGGAGUGGUGGGUUCACGGUGGAAGCGUGAGAUGAGAUGUGACCAACAGCACUUCCCCCGUAAGCCUGUUGAGGCUACACAGGCGAGCGUUGCCUCUGUUGCGCUCAACUGAUUGUAGUCUUAAGCUGAACUUAAUGGUACAACACACGGGAGAGGAACUUUGUCGCAGAAUUAAAAUGCCCUGAAACACAUGGCCGCGUGUUGUAUAAUGAACGCGUUGACAGUCAUGUGUCGCACGGGCUGGGUCGUGCUUUCGAUUUGAGAGAAAUCUGCCGUUUUCUGGCCUCACCCCUAUGGUUUGUGUGGCUUAAAUGGUGGCCUUUUGAUGGCAUCAACAUUCCAAAAUUGUUUCUGCCCAUCCAAUAAACUUAUCCUGUCCCCACAUUUCCAUACCUGUCAACCCCUUAUCAGUGCCUACCUUAUUACAGACCAAUUCAGACCUUAUUGGUCACGCCGUGCCCCUCAUAAAUCUCAACGUUCAUCCUGUCCCAUCACAAGGGAGAAACACAAACAAAUAGACAAUUUUAGUUGUUGCCCGUAUUGAAACGGCUAUACGCUGUGUGGACCUAACAACUCAAUUUCCCUGUACAAGAAUACGGGUAAAUCGUAUGGGUUGACAGGUUAUGAUGAAACUACAUUUGUCUCAAAUCAGUGGUGCAGUUUGGUUGGUGACCAAAAUAUAUAUUUAUAUACGUUACAUUCAGCCAUGUUGGAUUGAGCAUCGCCAUGGCGACCACAUGGCCAUAUCCAACAGAGUGCUUGUUGCGUGUGAAACGACACGUGCAAAAAAAAAGUUUCAAGGCCACAUGCAACUAUAUUGACUCCACGCUGCAGCCCACUUUAAACGCAGGAUAGCAACAUUGUAUUUUGGCAACGUUGCAAAGCAAUUGCACCUUGUAACUGCAACUUUACGCCUAUCGGCAAAUGUACGCCGCACAGGCAUCUCGUCACCGUGUUAUUAAAAGAAAACUUCGGCAUUUACAAAAAAUAUUACCUACAACCACGCUGCCGUAGCUUGUAGUUGUCAUGAGCAAAUCUGAUAUGGUUAAUGUUAUCCAUUUAUACGUGUUUAAACUCUGAAUAGCUUUGUUCGAGGGGCGUUCUCUCGUCCAACGCAGCCUUCUGAUUUGCUCUCUGUGACUUCGGUGUGAGCUGCAGUGAUUUUACUUCGAAAUUGAGUAUGAUUUCCAUGUAUGUCUUGGUUUUCGAGAUCUUGGAUAAUUGUAUUAAAGUGAUCUCCAUGAA